GCGGGAGCGGCUGCAGGCGCCGCAAUGUCAGUUAAGAGAGCAUUAAAGUUGGACACUGUUAAAAGAGAUAAUCCAUCUGAUGCAACACCUUUGAAGACCAAAAAGAAAAACCUAAACUCUUACUCACCAACAACAGGAACACGCCAAAUGAGUCCAUUUUCCUCUCCCAUGAGUCACAAUGCACAAAAUCUCAGAAAUCACCCAUCAAAUGGAGAUGGAACUGAGCAGAAUGAUUCAGAAAGCAGAUUACCCAGAAGAGGGCAGCCUCAAACAGAGAAGGAUGCGUUCAUGGGAUUGCAGUCCAAAGUGAGAAGUUCAUUGGUUAGAAUUCUGAAAAUAAGAGCAAAUCUGACAAGUCUACAGGCUUUAGAGGGCACUAGAGAGCUUGAAAAUAUUAUUGGUGUCUCAGACUUUUCUUGCAUCUUGAGUGCUGAAAUGCAGAAAACCCAAGUGCUAAUGAGUCAAGCAGAAGAACUGCAGCUGUUUAAAAGAAACCAUGGAAAACUUCCUGCCCAAGGGUAUGUUCAGACUGCCAGUAGCUCUGCAUUCCUGAAGUCGCUCCUGGACUGAGGCAUUAUGUGAAAAAUGCAUUCCACAGCAACCCAAAGUUCUACAUCUGCUUGACUGUACUUAAAAGGAGAGAAGAAAUGACUGUAAACCAAUCUCCCCAGCAAAUACCAGUUCGGGAUUGCUCGUUGCGCUAGGCAGGUGCACAUCUAGAUAAAAUUUCUGGCAUCUAUUUAAACUCAACAAUGUGCACAACCAGAUAAUCUCAAUGUAAAUAAUACAUCACGGUUGUUUUAUGCAAGCCUGUGUACAAAAUGCUGAUUUAGGUUUGCUGCUGCAUGGAAAAUAAACUAUAGUUUCCGUAUGUAUGUUCUUGCUGCAAAUAUGUAAUUAUGCUGCCUUGAUGUUUUCUCUUUUAAAAAAAGGCAAUAUAACCCUUUUUAUAAUGAAUCUUCAAAACCUCCUCUCCAACCUAGUGAAUACCCUGCAUCUCAAAGCAUGUUAAAAGAGUGCAGUAGAAUGACUUUUUUUUUGCCAAAGUUCAACAUAAAUGGUCAGAAUUGACUGUCCUUUCUUCCUACCCCUGCAAAGUACUGUUACUCAAACAGAUAAACUGAUUUUUUACAACUAAAAUUCUGAGAACCAAAAUGAUAAACAUGUUCCAGUGUGUGGUUAAACAUUGACGCACUCAAGCUUUGGGCAUUUUUAAUUAACAAAAAAUGGUUUUGCACUUCGAUGUCUGUACAGUCUGAUUGGAAAAAACGUUAGUAAUUGUUUGAAGGGAAUUGUUUCAGUUACUCUUUUUAAUUUCCACACCAUUCUCCUUUUAAGCCUUCUGUGCUGUUGGUAUUUGUUGUAUGUACAAGACUGACCAGCUGAUUGCUUUGUAUGAAUGAUAAUGGCGG